AUGGCUUCCUCUUCCACGGCCAGGCAAAACCAAACAAAACCAGAAAACGCUUUUGAUGAAAUUGCACCUUAUUUUGUACCUAAAUCUACAGAGCCCUGGGACAUAUUUAUUAAUCAUCGCGGAUGUGAUGUAAAAUACACAUUAGCCACUACCAUCUACGAUAAACUUCAUUCCAUGGGUUUGCAUGUUUUUCUAGAUGUGGAAGCCCUUGAGGCUGGUGAUUGUAUUCCAGCAGAGAUACAACACGCUAUAACUAGUGCCACCCUUCAGAUUGCCAUUUUUUCUGUCAACUAUGCUCAAUCUCCAUGGUGUUUGGCGGAGCUAUCUUUCAUGCUCAAAACUGGUAAAAAAAUCUUUCCCAUUUUCUAUCAUGUUGAUCUCUCUGAUCUCAGCUUGGAUGGUCAAGGAAAAGGAAAAUAUGCCUAUGCAUUCUCAGAGCAUGAAAAGAAGGGCAGAUACAAAUCUGAAAAGCUUGAUGAGUGGAAAAGGGCACUCCACGAAAGUUCAUUGAUACCCGGCUACCUGGUCAGCAAUAAUGAGGAUGAGGCCACAGUUUUGAAGAAUAUUGUGAAUUGUGCAUUUGAAACCCUGAAAAAAGUUCCAUUAUCGGUAGCCGAUCAUCCAGUUGGAUUGGAUGAGUUGGUUCAACGCUUCGAAUCAGUUCGAGGAGAGGAGGAAGUGAAAAUCAAGGGGAUCGUGGGCAUGGGAGGUAGUGGGAAAACCACAUUGGCCAAAGAGCUGUUCAACAGGAACAUUUCCUCCUUUGAAAGAGGCAGCUUUGUUUUCGACGUGCGAGAUGCAGCAUCCAGAAACGCUCUGGCUGACAAGCAGAAAAAGCUUCUAAGUGACCUCGGUGUGGAUGAUUUGCAGUUCGACAAUGUAGAUGAAGGCAAGGUCGUUCUUGCAAAUCGUUUGAGCUUUCAUCAGGCGCUCAUCGUUUUGGAUGACGUGGACCACAUCGACCAGGUAAAUGCUUUAUUGCCAAAUAAAGACAAUCUUGGAUCCCAUAGCAUGGUCAUUGUAACCACUCGAGAAUUGGAUGUCCUUAUAUCAUGGGGCCUCUCCCUCUCCUGCAUUUAUAAAAUGCCAGAACUCAACACGUCAAAUGCCAAGCAGUUAUUCUGUUGGCACGCUUUCUUGCAACUCUCUCCACCCGCUGAAUUUGAAAUUCUGGUUCAAGAGUUCUUAAAGGUGUGCAAUGCUUCCUUUGCAAUUGACAAAACUUAUUUUAACGGGUUGGGGAAAAUUGCAAUGGCUUCCAAUUCAAUAAAAUAUCUUCAGGAUUUGGAAAGGCUUGUCGUUGAAUUUCGUGGUAGCAGUUUGUCAGAAGAGUUCAGUGGCCUCCAACUACUGGCGUAUUUCGGAUUAUACUCUCCAGUGCUAUCAUAG